UACAGCCAGUCUGAUCUCAGAUCAGUUGUGUGUCGUACUCGUUACCAUAGUUCCGAUUGACUCUGCGCGUUUACAUGGCGUUCACUUUCAAAAUCACGGCAAUGAUCAACGAGCUGUUUCAUCCCGACAAGCGCACUUGACGCAUGGCGCGCAGAAUGUGACAAUUCCGUGACGACACGAGAAGAAAGCGGAGUCUCGAUUUGAACGUGCCCAGCGAUGCGCGGCCGAUGCGUAAAAGCGCAUCUCAAUCUCGUCUCGCAUCGGAUUAAGCGGUUAUUGGGUGAUGAGGAUCAGAUGCCGGUCUGACGUGUUCCCGGGGGAUUUUCCGUCGCUGUUCAAACCCCGCAGCGCGUUACAAACGCGGUCACACGCUUUCCGUUUCUCUCAAUGCGGCUAUGACCGGCGCGCGUCACUCCCGGGAUCUGAUUCCUUCCCGUGAGCUGCUGCUGCUCAUCUCUGCGCUGCUCGUGCUCGUCAGGUCUGACCCGGCGGAUAACCAUUGCUCGUCUGACCUCAUCUCCACAUGUGAAGCCUGUCUGAGACUCGGCCCUGAAUGCGCCUGGUGCUUUCAAGAGAGGUUCCUGAACGGUGCACACAUAAGCCAGAGAUGUGGAUCUGUUUCUGACCUAAGGGUCAGGGGUUGUAAAGAGGAGUUUAUCGAAAACCCACAUGUUAAAGUGGAGGUGAACACCAUGCUCAGCAGCUCACAGGUGACACCCAGAGAGAUUACCAUCCACCUGAGACCAGGGAGUGAUGCAAGCUUCGUGGUGCAAGUACAGCAGCUGGAACGCUACCCUGUGGAUCUCUAUUAUCUUGUGGACGUGUCUGCAUCCAUGCAGGACAACUUGGAUCGGCUGAAGACUGUGGGUCUGGCCCUGUCUCACCAGAUGAAGGAACAUUCUAGUGAUUUCCAGGUCGGUUUCGGCUCUUUCGUGGAUAAACCUGUGUCUCCGUAUAUCGACGUUCACCCCUCCAAACUGGCGAAUCCUUGCAGUAAUUAUGAGGUCCAAUGCAGGCCCGCUCACGGUUUUAUCCACGUCCUGCCCAUCACAGAGAACAUGACGGAGUUCACGCGUGUCAUUAAGGAGCAGAGGAUCUCGGGAAACAUGGACACGCCGGAGGGCGGCUUCGAUGCCAUGUUGCAGGCCAUCGUUUGUAAGAAAGACAUUGGUUGGAGACCAGAAGCCAAACAUCUUCUUCUGGUUAUGACAGAUCAACCUUCUCAUUUGACUCUGGAUAGUAAACUGGCUGGCAUCGUUGUUCCUCACGACGGUCGGUGCCACCUGGAGAACAACAUCUACUCACAAACCACUACUAUGGAACAUCCAACAAUCGGUCAGCUUGCCGAGAAACUUCUAGAGAACAAUAUUUACUCCAUAUUUGCUGUGGACCAGCUGCAAUAUCAGUGGUAUGAGGAUCUCAUGGACUUGAUUCCAGGCAGUUAUGUGGGUCGGCUGUUUCCCAAAGCAUCUAAUCUUAAAGAUCUAGUGGUGCAUGCCUACAAGAAGUUUCUAUCAGAUGUGGAGCUACAGGUCGGGGUGGAGGACAGCCAAGCUCACAGGUUCCGGGUGAACGUAACAGCAUUUUGUCCCAACGGAUCAAAUGUUUUUGGAAAUGCUAAAUGUUCCAGCGUCCAGCCCAAACAAACAGUCUUGUUUAACGUCACUGUUGGAAUGACCUCCUGCCCACCAGAGGGCGCCGAUCAGGACGUUGUGAUUUCCAUCAGGCCAGUAGGAUUUAAUGAGUCCGUUACCGUGCGAGUCCGACAGGUCUGUGGGUGUGGCUGCACGGAGUCACGUCUUUGUCACGAUGACCCAAACCCCACAGCUUGUUCUGCAGAGACUUCGAAACCGAUGGACGUCUGUAGGGAGGACAGGACCAAACCCAUCUGCAGUGGCAGAGGAAUCUGUGAAUGUGGGAUGUGUGUAUGUGAUUCCAGUAGAUUGGGAAGCAUCUACGGAAAGUUCUGUGAGAUGGAUGAUUUCUCGUGCCCGUAUGAGAGAGGGCUGGUGUGUGGAGGGCACGGGCAGUGUGUUUCAGGUGAAUGCGUGUGUCUGCCUGGGUUCACGGGUGAGACCUGCGACUGUCCCGUCUCCACAGAAACCUGCGUGUCGGAUGACGGAUCGAUUUGUAGCGGUCUGGGAAAGUGUGUGUGUGGCAAGUGUGUGUGUGAUGACCCGCGGCGGUCCGGAGCGUUCUGUGAGAAAUGCCACACUUGCUACAGCUCGUGUCAAGCUUACUGGGAUUGUGUAGACUGUCAUUUAUCCAAUGAGCUGGGAUCUAACAGUGUCCAGCUUUGUAAUCACAGCUGCACUCCAUUGGUGGACUAUGUUGAUGACAUCAGAGAGCUGAUAAGAGGAAAGUAUUGCCUGUAUCCCACCAAGAAUAAAUGUCAUCAUCGCUUUCUCAUGGAUGUGACGACAGACGGACCACAGCUGCACAUUAGCCGACAUCCCGUGUGUGAUUGGAGUGAGAGGUCAUUCAAGACGUUUUUCAGCACUUUCCUCCUGACGGUGAUGUUGGGUAUCAGUCUGCUGACCAUAGUCAGAUAUCUACUGAGGACAAGAGACUGUGUGUGGCAGGAAAACACUGACCAAGAGAGCUGUAAGGAUUCAUCGUAUGUUCCCUCGACCAAUGAGAAGACGAUAACAUACAGGAGGGAUCGCUUCCCAAACCAGCCGGUGGAAAUUCACUCACACAUUCCGAAGAUGCCUAUGGGUAAUGCGUGGCAGUGACGGGGUCAAAGGUCGCUCCAGAAACCAAUCACAAUUUACAAAGCACUUAGCUGAAGCAAUAACCUGUGUAGAUUUGUUGUUUUUUAUUUAUUACAUUAAAAGGCAUUAAAUGUUUCUCAUCCCGACGGCACACAGGGUGAAGAAACGAGGUACGAGCUAAACCAUACACAAAUACCUAAAUGAUACUUUUCGUUCACCUCUAUAGAUGGGCCAGUUACCUGUUUAGUUUUCCUCAUGUGCUAUAUUUUCGGUAUGUUAGUUGUUAUGAAUGAAUGAAUGUUUGAUUAUUUUAUUUAACACUACAGAAUCUGCAUAUGUUCUGUAUGCAACGGUAUGAUAGUGCUUGUACUAUUUCUGCAGUACGUAUAGAUUUGAUGAAAUGUGCAGUAUACAAGCAAAGUACGGUACACAGUGUUAGAUACUGUAUCCCAGAAUGCUAUGCGCUCGAGUUAUAUCAACAGUGAUUGAUUUCAGUGCAUAACUGCUUUAAAAUGCAACAUUUGUCAAAUAGAUGGCACUUAUUAUUGUGUAAUGUAAUGUGAUUUAAACAUUAGCAUCACUUAGACACAUUUAUUGUUGCAUUAAUCAGCAUAGAUAAAGCAGUAUGCUCACAUUAGUGAAUUUAGUCUGUGGGAAAACCUUUGAUCUGCUGUGUGGUGUUAGUCUGCCAUCUAGUGUUCAACUCACACAUAACAUCUUAAUUAUUCUCAGAGGAGCAUCUUUAUUAUAAAAGUGGCAUUUGGGUUUAUUAUUAAAGGUGUAAAUAUUUAAGUAAAUAUGAAUUAACGGUGAAUUACAGAAACAUUUUCUGCACUUAUACUGCUCAAAAUUUGCUGCACGAUUGCCUGAAAAACUGGAAUUUUUUCUGAUUUGGUUUACUGUAUGUUCGGGUUCUUGUAUUGAUUUUUAUUGAUUGCCUGCUGGUCAGUAUUUAUAUGUUGUCGUGUACUACUGAUGCUCUUUUUUUUGUAGUUGUUGGGCGCUGGAACCUAUAAUGCAGUGGGCAACGGUAGAGUAUAGGGUUGCAAAAUUCUGGGAAUUUUCAAGGCUGGAAACUUUCCAUGGGAAUUAACAGGAAUAUAUGGGAAUAAAUUGGGAAUUGGAAAAGAUUGCACAGUUGCCUAUAACAGGAAACUUAACCUCCUAAGACCCGAGCUUUGGUUUGUCGUCUUUUCAGAUUUCUUCCUGUUAUUUUGGGGUUACGAAGAAUCAAUAAAUAUAAUAACCAAAUAUUUUUCUUUAAACAUGAAGCCGUGUAAUUGUCCACGUUUGUGUAUAGCAGGUUCCAGUUUCACAGAAUUAAGUAUUAUUGUCCAAACAAGAAAUAAAGUAGGUCUUAGGAGGUUAAAUGUAGUUAAAAAACUUGCAGCAUAAUUUUGUUUUAAACUAAAUUGAAUGCAAUUUCCUGCACAUGCACACAGCACACUCCUUACAGGAAUGAUUUCUGAAGGAUUUUUGAUCAAAUAAAUCCAGUCUUGAUGAUUUUAAGUUUAAGAUUCUUCAAAAUUUGUAUUAGCUUGCAUGCAUGUCUGCUUAUGACCAAAUAAAUUGUUUAUUUAUGUUUGUAGUUUAUAUACAGUACUGUGCAAAAGUCUUAGGCCACCAUCACCAGCUUUGUUGUAUUAGCAAUGUUUUAAUGCAUCUGUAUUUAUUUUUCACUCUUUUUUAAGAUACAAACAGAAAAUACAGGAAAUAUGUACACAAAAUUAAAAACAAAACAAUUUUCAGGACUAUAUGUCGUCUUCAGGCAUCAGUCAGUAUUUAGUGUAAUCUUUCUUGGCAUGAAACACAUUUUGAGGAGACUGAAGUCAUUCGAUUAGAAUUAGAAAUUAGGAUUUAAUUUCAUUUAGGUUUAAGAGAUCCUGCAAUUUCCUGCUAUUGCUCAAGUGGAAGAGGAGUUUACCCUAAAAACUUAAAACGUCAGCGUAUACGUUUAUACUGUUUUUAAUACUACAUACACAUUUCCUGUAUUUUCUGGUUGUAUUCUAAUAAAGAGAAUGAGAAAUAAUUGUAUAUGAUCACUAAACAAAACAAAAACAACAAAUCUAAUGGUAGCAUGGUGGCCUGACUUUUGCACAGUACUGUACAUUUCCCAAAAUUUUCAAAUAAUUCCCAUCAUUUCCUGUAAAUUUUCCAAUUUGGAAUAUUUCCUAAAUCAUUAAGUUCCCAUGGAAACUUUCCGCCCACUUUGCAACCCUUGUAGAGUACAUACCUCUGUGGUCAUUACCGUAGUAUUCCUGUGGCUCUUAUACAUCUAGUUUUAACACUUAUGUUUACAUCUGGUAACACUACAUAAUUAUUUAAUUCAGUUUUGUUGUUUAGUUUUUUUUUUAGGAAUAAAUAAUUUGAACUUUAGUUUUUUUCUAUAGUUGAAAUAAAACUUCUAUAGUUUUUCUAUAAAUCCUGGUAUAUAGUUUUAGCAUUUGAUGGCUGUGAAUUACACUUUUGUAAUGACUGUGUUUGUGAAUGCACUUGGAUCAAUCAAACUAAAUCUUUAUGCCGGCUAUUUCCUGUUGUACCCUGUUGUCUGAUUUUAUUUAAACAAAAAUAUUGUUUCAAUAAAACGCACAACAUCA